AUGGAUGACAGGCUACAAGACGAACUACGGGACGAGUUGCUCGACUCGCUUCGAGGACUUUAUGCCACCAGCGAGUAUUUAGAUUGUACCAUCACUUGUGGUGACUAUGAGCUUCGUGUCCACAAAGCCGUCACCUCGCCCCGGUCAUCAUUCUUCAGGGCUGCUUUUGCGCACGAUAUGCAGGAAAGGGCAACCGGGAUUGUGAAUCUGGAAGACGACGACCCCGAAGCUGUGAAAUCAAUGGUUUAUUACCUCUACCACCUCGACUAUCCCUCGGUGCCCACACUCGACCGUUCCGAGGAGAGCGACUCCUUAGACAGAACCGUUCAAGAUAGUUCAAGCAGAGAUACCGUGUUUCCUUCAUGGGAAGACCCUGGGGCUCGGCCGGCUGUUGGCCAGCCACGCCAAAAAAAAAACCAGGAACAGCCGAAACUAUUCCAUCACUGCCGGGUUUACGCUCUGGCCGAGAAAUACGACAUUCCGUCUCUCAAGAAAUUAGCGUAUCAGAAGUUCAAGACCGAGUCUGAGAAAUGGUGGGACCACAGCGACUUUGUUAAGGCUGCACGCAAGGUGUACGCGACGACACUACCCCACGAUCGAGGACUGAGAGAUAUUGUUGUGGCUACGAUUCGGCAUAAUCCUCGAUUGCUAGAUCGAGAGGAAGUUCAGAGCGUAUUAAAGGAGUCGGAACUCGCCUUUGACGUGGUUAUGGAUUCGCAUAAGCGGAGUGUAGAGAAUGAUUACUGGGAACCACAAACCCUGGUUGAAUAA